GGCGCCCUACCGCGGAGCCGAGGCCAUGGGCGCGCGGGUCCGGGCGCUGCUGCUGGCGCUGCUGCUGUGGCUGGUGGGGCUGGAGCAGCUGGAAUUACAGGAAACGAACCUGAUGGCAGGGCCCUGCGGCCACCGGAGCAUCCCGUCGCGCAUCGUGGGGGGAGGCGGGCGUUGGCCAUGGCAGGGGGGCCUCCGUCUGUGGGGCAGCCACGUUUGCGGAGCAAGCCUGCUGAGCCGCCGCUGGGUGCUCACGGCCGCGCACUGCUUCGACAAGUCUACUGACCCCUAUGAGUGGACAGUCCAGUUUGGUGAGCUGACUGCCAGUCCAGCUUUCUGGAACCUGCAGGCUUAUUACAACCGCUACCAGGUGGAGCAUAUCCACCUGAGCCCCAGGUACCUGGGGACUGUGCCUUACGACAUCGCCCUGCUCAGACUGGCCUCCUCCGUCAGCUACUCCAGCACCAUCCAGCCCGUCUGCAUCCUGAACUCUACCUUCGAGUUUGAGAACCGGACCGACUGCUGGGUGACCGGCUGGGGGGACAUCCAAGAGGACGAGGUGCUGCCAGCCCCCUACAACCUCCAGGAAGUGCAGGUCUCCAUCAUAAACACCUCCAUCUGCAACCACCUGUACCAGCAGUCGGACUUCCGCGUGGACAUCUGGGGAGACAUGGUGUGCGCGGGCGACCCCCAGGGCGGCAAGGACGCCUGCUUUGGUGACUCCGGCGGGCCCUUGGUCUGUGACAAGGAAGGCCUGUGGUACCAGGUUGGAAUCGUGAGUUGGGGAACGGGCUGCGGCCGGCCCAACAGGCCCGGCGUCUACACCAACAUCAGUCAGCACUUCAGCUGGAUCCAGACCCUGAUGGCCCGCAGCAGCUCUCCGAAGCCAGAGCCGAAACCCCCCCUGCUGCUGCUGCUCACUCUCCUCAGGGCUGCCUGCCUCUUGCCCCCGGCCUGAGCCCGCUGGGGCUCUGGUCCCCUGUCCUGGUGAUUAAUAAACGCAUCGGAGCUGGCGCCUCCCCCGCCUUCCUCACCCCGGCGGCUGCCACGGCUCCCU